AUGAGCGCUGUGCUGCUGGCCGCCCUGCUGGCUGUGGCAUCGGCACCCAGCGCCCGGGCCGUGUGGCUGGGGAGGCUGGACCCUCAGCAGCUCAUGGGGUCCUGGUAUGUCCUCGCCGUGGCCUCGGGGGAGAAGGACUUCGCGCUGGAGAAGGCCACAAAGAGUGUCGAGGGGGUUGAGGUGAUGCUGACGUCCCAGAACACCCUGAAAAUGCGGGCUUCCCGGCACAGGAUGGAGAGAUGCCACCUGCAGGGUGUGGAGCUGCAGAGACAAAAUUCCGGAUGGGUCUUCAGGAAUCCCUCCCUGGGCGUGCUGGAGUACCGGGUGCUGGGCACCAACUUCAGGGACUACGCUAUAGUGUUCACGCAGCUGGAGGCCCAGGAGGAGGCCUUCAGCACGGUGGAGCUGUACAGCCGGACGGCCCUAGCCAGUCAGGAGGCUCUGGGCCGCUUUGCCAAGUGGAGCCGGAGCCUGGGCUUCCUGCCGCAGCAGCAGGCCGAACUGCAGAGGGACUCGUCAGGCCUGCGGGGUGGGCGGGGCAGGCGGUGUGUGGGGCCCCGGGCGCCAGUGGGUGAGGGGCCGGCCAUCCUCACCGUGGCCCCUUUCCUCCCCAGUCACCUGCGCACACAAGGUCUUCCCGUGAACGCGGCAGCCCCCAGGGGCCCGGAGGAGGCUGGCCGGACGCUGCCCUCCUCGCCCAGCCACCCAGGGGCUGGGCCGGCUCACAGCUGCGGUCGGCUGACGCCCACGGCAGGGCUGGCAGGCUGGGCAUUUAAGCGCGGCGUCUGGGCGGGCAGCUGA